AUGACUGAAGAUCGGCUAUCAAAUUUGGCCAUAUUGAGCAUAGAAAGCAACAUAGCUCAAACCAUUGAUUUUGAUUUUGAUUUUGACAUUUUCACUAAUGAAAAAGCUCAAAAAAUGUAUUACCGUAAAGCGUUGGACCAGGGCGGAGGCCAUUCUUUUGGCACGACACAAGACACGAUCAUAACAAGUUCGGGCCUUGACAACAACGUCUUCGACCGUCGCGGCCGAGAACAUGGAUCAAAGUUGAAAAGGUUUACUAUUCCUGAACUGUGCAAAUCAAAAUUUUCCUCAAAAAAUCAAGAAGAAACAGAAAAUGAUGAACAACAAGACGUUACCGAGGAGAAUGAAGCAAGCGAAGUGUUGGCUUAA